UGGUUGCUGUAGCUUAAAGAAAGAAAUUUUGUUGGUUUUAUUAUAUUUAAACUACGUUUAUAGAAACUAAUUCAAUGUUUUGUUGUCGUUUUUUUCGGCCUUUUCUACAGAGAAUCAUGAGGUUUUUAAAACUGAUGCAAGAGUUCAUACUUCAUACUCAUUUUUCAAUGGGAGUGUGUUGACAUGUGAAAUUGUUAUCCGGAAUAUCAUUGGGUUUUUUUUUUUUUUUUUUCUGAUUUCCUGCAUAGGGUUAAUUUCAAAAAAUCAAGGGAAAAGAAUUGGGCUUUGUGGCAUAUUAUAUCCUAUAUUGUGCUUUACUAAUUGCUGUCCUGAUUUUUAUCCUGUGUUUGCGCUCAAAUCUCACCUGUUCCUUUGCACGCUAAUGUGGUUAGGGACUUGGUGUUUCGUUCUUGCCUUACAUCUUGAGUGUGCCCUUGCACAUAAACUCUAAAUAGUAUGCCAGUUUUGGAAUAGCCUGUCUACAUCUGAAGGAAAGCUUCGGUCGAAUGGACAACUGAAGGAAAGAUUCUUCUGUCUUCUUAUUAGGAUCAUGUGCACUCAUUUUGGAGUGUUAUAAGUCGGCCUUCAUACAAGAAAAGAGAAUUUAAUGGUACUAGAGCUACUAUUCUUUUUGGAGAACUCUUAGACCUUGUUCAAUUGGAAUUCACUUUGCCAUCGGGGUCCUUCUGCUCCAUAGACUGGUGACUGCUUUGAAAAUGAUCAAAAGAAAAAUAAAACUAAUGAUUAUAGACAUGCCAUGAUCUUAAAUCCAUCAUAUUUGACAUUCUAUGUUAGCAUGCUAGAUGCUUGGUGUAGAGUCUCACAGGAGGUUUAGGGAGUGAUAUUGAGGAAUUGAGAAUAGUAUCUUCUUUUGUAUCUUGUGUUGUGCAGUUCUAAGAAGAUGUAAUGACCUAAGAAUCCCUAAGAACCCUAGGGGCAUCUGCAAGGCCUUACAGUUUCUGAUAAUCAUCCAAUCUGCGGUUUCUGCUGAAAGGUUGAUUUACAGCGUAGGGCAUCAUGAUGGCUUUGCUGAACAUUGAGCUCAAUAUUGUCUGCUGGACAACCAUUGAAACGUGCUAUUUCUGGAAACUUGUUUGGUGGUGCUAAUUGAUGUAAUCUGGCCUCUUAUGGUGAAAAACUGGAUGCUUAGAUGAUGACUGUAGCCAAGUAGUUGAGAUUGUCUUUUGUUGCGUACGGUGGAUAUAGUUAAACCCAAGUGGUUUGAAAAAAUUUAGGAAUUGAUUGCGGGGACUAGAUACCUGUGAGGAGAAAUGGUUAUCUUAAGAAUUUAGGGGUUCCAGUGAUUAUAUAAAAGCCUGAUGGCUUCAGGUUCACAUAUUUAAUUGAGGUGGAGGUUCAACUUGUAUUUGAAUGUAAAUAGUUAAGUCAACACUUAUGAUUGUUAAUUUCAAGAAUGCAAGACAGUAAAAACGCUGGACAGGAAAGCUGAAUGCUUGUUAACUUUUAGUUAAGCCAAUUUUGCGGCUGAUAUGGUCUUUCUGCUCAUAAUCAAAGGGAAAUCACUGGAGUUGGGUUUUGUAAGAUUUUCCUGAUUGUUUAUUAGGCUUUCUAACAACCUGCUCUUACUGAGGACUGUUUAUUCACACAGUCUCGAAGCUUCUGUGUUUCUAGGGUAAUAAUUUCCUCUUGAUUUCUAUUACUAAAGCUUCAUGGGUGAACCAUUCAACAAUUAUGAAACAUGCCCUUAAAUUGAUGGCAGAUUUCUUAAAUCCAUUGUGAGGCACAAUAAUGUUCCUAAGAGAUACAAUUAUGUAUCGACUUCAUCUCUACUUCAAAUUUUAGAUGAAAAAAAAGAUUGACACUUUUUCCAGAGUAUAACUUAUCUUUAGCUUUUAAGUGACUUGGUUAUGGGGCAUAGACUUUUAUUUGGCACAUCCCAAAUGUUUGAGGGUGAACACGAGCAGGGCUGGAAUCAUAUGCAUACAGAGCAACCUUACGCAAAUAUAGUGAGGGCAAGCACUACAGAACAUGGCUCCUUCUUCUGUCCUGUAGAAAAUAUGUCUGUUGAUGCGGUACAUUUUUCUUCUCAUCAGAAUCCUGUGCCUAUGUCAAGUGGUUAUGCUACCUCAAGCCAUAAUGUUGAAGGUCCACAUUAUCAACCUGACACUUCAGGCCCAUCUCAUGAUCUUUUUCUGCAUUCAUCAGCGCCUGGUGCAUUUGGUGCAUCUCCCGAGGAUUACAUGCCUCAUGCAUCUUCUUCCAAUUAUGAUACUCAGACUUCCCAUGGAAUUGAGGGUGGUUUUGUUGAUCUCACAAUGGGUGGUGGAAGAGGACCUCACAAGCGAAAAAGCCCUGGAAUCCCUUCAGUCUGUGAGAGGGGUGGCUCAAGCAGAUAUGUUGGUGCUGGAAGUUCAUCUGAUCUUCCUCUAUCUUCUGACUUUUGGCAAGAGAAACCUAAUAUAGAUCCUCAACACAUGCAUUGGGAUCACUUUGCCAUGCCCCCGAGUUAUAGAGGCAAUGGCCUCUCAAUUAGGGGUGAUGGUUCUAUGAGGAAUGUGAGAAGCCGUCCAGCACUUGAUCUUGAAUCCAACCUAGUUAGGAGCCAUUUAUCAAGCAAUCCUUCUCACACUUCCUACUCUACAAGCCACCAAGUUGACCAUUCUAGCUCAGUGGAUCUCUCAGGUCAGAGUUCUAAUGCUUUUUCAAGGGAGUUGGAGUGGGGCCAUUUAAGAAUGUCUCCUACUUAUGAAAGGAUUCAAGCUUCAGAUUCAAGUGUUUUUAAUAAUGAGACAAACCACUUUCCGGGUGGUAGCAGUGCUACAAAUGCUUCUGUAGAGAUUGGGGGACUUCAGCGUGAUUUCGUUUCGGGUAGAAAUCCUGUUCUUCCUCAGAGUUUUCAUGGCAACUCAGCACAAUCUGUAAGGAGUGUUCGCACAAACUAUUCUCAGAGAUCUGGCCCAACUUUCAGGGCUUCUUCCAGCAGUGUGCGGUUAGGACAAGUAGCACCCUCAGACGAGGAUGUGCAGGUUGUUGCUGAAAGUUAUUCCUCCAGACAUCCUCGGCCAUUAUCAGCUAUAACAUGGCGUAAUAAUGACCGGAAUGGUAGGUCAAGGAUAUCUAACCGAUCACUAGCUGAUGAUGCAGCUUUCCAUGAUCGAUUUUCAUCCGAGGGUUUUAUGACUAUGGACCGCUCAGCCUUUUAUGGUUCUAGAAAUAUGUUUGAUCAGCAUAGAGAUAUGAGGCUAGACAUAGACAACAUGACUUAUGAGGAACUACUUGCACUAGGAGAGAGGAUUGGAAAUGUAAACACAGGCUUGUCUGAAGACUUGGUAUCUAAGUGCUUGACAGAAACAAUCUACUGCUCUUCGGAUCAAGUCCAGGAUGAGAGCUCUUGUGUGAUCUGCUUGGAAGAGUAUAAGGACAUGGAUGAAGUUGGGGCAUUAAAUACAUGUGGUCAUGAUUACCAUGUGCCCUGCAUCAAGAAGUGGCUGUCAAUGAAGAAUGCAUGUCCGAUCUGCAAAGCAUCGGCUCUGGCCGGCAAUAUGAAGGAGAAAUAAUAACUUUUAUUAUGGUUUAUCAUUUAUCAUUCUUGUAUAUAUAUUUAGAGACUUGCUAAAACAAAUAAUACAGACAUUGUUAGGAAAUUUUUAAAAAAGGGGAAUGUUAAAUUAAUUUUAAAUCCAUUUGUUGUUGGCUUCCAUCUCAAUUACGUGGAGCCUCAAAA